UCAGAACUACUGCCAAUAGAAAGUAAACAGGGAAGUAACAUCGAGAGCGCAUAGCCGACAUAGGAAAUAUCAACGCACCUUGUAAUUGUACAUGCUAGUGUUUAGCACAGUCCUCGGAGAAAGUGACGCCAUAUAGUUAUUUAUUUGACACUCUCUCUCUUAUAUCUAUAUAAGACUAGUCAUGCCAGGUCCCAUAGUCGUUGUAGGGAUUGGAAUUGCAGUUUAUAUUUUGGUUUAUUACAAUAUUUUCAAAGGUCCAAAAUGCAAAAGUUUUGCAACGCUGGUGGGGAAAACAGCAGUGAUCACAGGUGGCAACACUGGCAUUGGGAAGGCGACCGCUCUGGAUCUUGCAAAGCGAGGCGCCAGAGUCAUACUGGCGUGCCGCAGUAAACAGCGAGCGGAAGCGGCCGUGUUUGACAUCAGAAAGGAGAGCAGCAAUCACCAGGUGCUGUUCAUGCAGCUGGACCUGGCGAGCCUGCAGUCUGUCAGAUCCUUCGCUGAAACAUUCCUUCAAACGGAGCCCUGGCUGGACAUUCUCAUCAAUAACGCAGGGGUCGGAGGGCAUGGCCAGACCGCUGACGGCUUCGAGCUGCACUUCGGAGUCAAUCACCUGGGUCACUUCCUGCUGACCGCUCUGCUGCUGGAGCGUCUGAAGCAGGCAGAGGCUGGCCGCGUGGUCACCGUGUCCUCGAUGGCUUAUCGCUACGGGAGAGUGGAUUUCAGCACCCUGGGCACCCCUGUAUCCCACGACUCCUCGUCCUGGGUGAAGACGCAGGGGUACUGCCACAGCAAGCUGUGCAACAUCCUGUUCACCCGCGAGCUGGCUAACAAGCUGGAAGGGAGCACAGUCACCUGCUACUCUGUGCACCCAGGGUUUGUCUACACCGAGGUCUUCAGAGACAUGGAGACCUGGCAGAAGCUGUUCUUCAUCCCCUUCGCAAGGCUGUUCUUCCAGGGUCCAGAGGGGGGCGCUCAGACCUCCAUCCACUGCGCGGUUCAGGAGGGCAUCGAGGUGCUCAGCGGCCGUUACUUUGCAGACUGCAGCGUGCAGGAGGUGGGCACCCAUGCCCGGGACGACGGGGUCGCCAGGAAGCUGUGGGAGGUCAGCGAGAGGCUGGCGGGACUCGUCUGAGCCGGCUGAUCUGGGAUUAGCGACUGGCACCACAUCGAAGCUUGCUGUGAACCAUCACUGUGUGGGACCUGAAGCUAAAUAUACCCAAGCUACUAGAAACAUUUAACAUGGUUGUGGUUUUAAAUGGUAUAGGAUAACAUACUGUGUAUGGUUUUAGAGAGCUAACUGGUGUUGUAUAUUACGGAAUUCAGUAAAGACAGUUAAAAUACAGGUGUGUACCAAACACUGAAAUGCACAUUCCAUACACGCUUAGGAAUUCCAACACACAGGUAUACAGACUACUGGGUGGAGAGCGGUGUAGUUCCAUGGAAGGAACAGCAGAGGGCGCCGUUUCCUUUUGUUUUCACCUUAAAAAGAAAAGAAGCAGAGACUUCAUCAUUUCCUACACGUGGGUCUGUUGCAGGAAAGGGACGUGGUUAUAAAGGCAGGAGGUUGGUUCAGCUAUCCUUAGAAUUUCAGUGCGUACUUUAAUUAUAUAUAUAUCUCCAUCCCUCAUUUAAACUGUUUGGGCAAUAUAAUGAGGACCAUAUGAGGUCCAAUAGCGAUAGGAAGACUACUUUGUUAAUAAUAAUAUAGCGAACUAACGCUGUCAUAAUUAUUAAAUAAAACGACAUAAUUUAAACGUUUUGUAUUCGGUGUUUUAUUUUCAAAACACACACACAAACACGUUUGUAAGCGCGGUAUGUUUCCUGCAGAGUAUGUUGAGCAAAAAUAAUUGAAUUGACUGCAGUUGGUAGUUUCCACUCUAUGCGGACAGGACUUGACUUUAUGGAUAACUGCUUUCCUUUGUAUUUGACAGGCGCAUCAAUAUUUGUUCUUCAAAAGACGAUUUAAACACCCCAGUCUUUCUUGCGUGCUGCGCCUCAGCAGAGUCACACAGUUUAACGCGCAAUACAUGUUCUUAGUUUUUAACUAAGUGGGUCAGCAGAAGAUACUCCAAGAUGACGAGUCUACGGCGGCUGCAGAGUGCGUUUGGUUUCAGUAGAUGGUUUUGGAGGAAGCCCUCUGGUUUCACGCGUGCCGGGGGUACCAGUUUAGAUAAUUGCAUUUCAUAUACACAUUCCAGGAAGAGCUUUUGCACCCAUGAAAAUGACGAUUCUAAACCCAGGACGGCUGGAAUGAGAGGGGCAGACACGGCUGCUAAAAACAGGUUAGGUCCUGCCAGUGAUGAAGACGACCUCAAAACGAACACGAGGGACUUCAGCUAUGCUGCCAAGGCUAUCAGACACCCCUCUGUGCUCGCCAAGAGCUACAG